UUUGGUUUUGUUGCCUUUUUCGCUCUUUUGUAAUACGCAAAAACAAAAAGAAAAAGAAAGAAAAUAUGGGAAGCUGCUUUCUCUUCUUCGUCCUGUUCCUCUUCUCCUUCUCCGUUGACGCCUGCGACCGAUGUCUCCACCGCUCUAAAGCCGCUUAUUUCUCCUCUGCCUCUGCUCUCUCAUCCGGAGCUUGCUCAUAUGGUUCUAUGGCUACGGGUUUCUUCGCUGGUCACAUCGCCGCUGCGGUGCCUUCCAUCUACAAAGACGGCGCCGGCUGCGGAGCUUGCUUCCAGGUCAGAUGCAACAACCCUUCUCUUUGCAGCAGCAAAGGAACAACGGUGAUGGUCACCGACCUAAACAAGAGCAACCAAACCGACCUCCUCCUCAGCAGCAGAGCCUUCAGGGCUAUGGCUAAGCCAGUUGUUGGCGCCGACAGAGAUCUUCUUAAACAAGGCGUUGUCGACGUUGAAUACCAGAGAGUCCCUUGUGAUUACGGAAACAAGAAGAUGAUGAAUGUGAGAGUUGAAGAAUCAAGCAAAAAGCCAAACUAUUUGGCGAUAAAGCUCUUGUACCAAGGAGGCCAAACCGAAGUCGUAGCCAUCGACAUUGCUCAGGUUGGUUCCUCGCACUGGAGUUACAUGACCAGAAGCCACGGAGCCGUCUGGGUCACUGACAAAGUACCCACCGGACCUCUUCAGUUCAGGUUCGUGGUGACUGCUGGUUUCGACGGCAAAAUGCUCUGGUCUCAGAGAGUUCUUCCGGCCAACUGGGAAGCUGGCAAGAUCUACGACGCUGGCGUUCAGGUCACCGACAUUGCUCAGGAAGGUUGUGAUCCAUGCGACGAUCACAUCUGGAGCUGAUUUACUUAAAGAGUCUAAUGUGUAAUCAGGAGGAACUCAGUAUUAUUUGAUUAACUGCAAUAGUUUAUUUAUUAAGCAAGAGAACUAAAGAAAGAUUAAAAGAUGGAAAUGUAUAUGUAUGUACAAAAGAGGUCUAUAUAUGUACACAUGACCACCUUUCUUUCUACUUGUAACCCUUCAAAUGACAUUACAUGUUCUUUUUGGGGAAAACAAUACUGAUUCUUGCAUAAAACAGCUCAAAAGAAAGAGAAAAAAGGAGAAGAUUAGUCAGAAAAUCUCAUGGUCAACUUCUGAUUGAUGAUCCAAACCGCUUCUAGUGGCCAUGGGGACGUUGCCAAUGUCUGAGUACUCCCAUGGCCAUGAGUCAUGCUCGUCCUCUUUUACAGAUUGUUCAUUGGCCUUCUUCUUUCGACAAAUGCAGGAGGUCGGGUUCUCAUGGAACUCUCCCUCUCCUGCUUUCAUUUCAUCUGGCUCCCCCAUGAACCCUGUUUGGUAUCUCUGGACCUUGGUUGAGAAUUCAUCCCAUGUCAUGUUGUGUCUGUUUGUGAAGAUUUUGUGGAGUUUCUUGGCGUUUGGACGGAUGGUCACUUUGUGUCCCAAGUAUCUCCUGCACAUAUUUUUUUGUUAAAUUCGGGUUUAUUAUGGGCUUUCAACUUAAAACCAAUUGGUGAUUAGUGGAUUGGCU